CCAACGCCAAAAUCGUGGGAAGUCGUUCAUCACCUUCCGACUUUCACCUUUGGCUAGCACAUUCGUUGCAAGGUCACCCUUCUUAUCCUUCACCAUCGUUGUCUGCGCAUCCGAGCAGCUGUGGUAGGAAAAUUCAGAUCAAGAUAUUGUUUAAAAUUUCGUCAAAAUCACGCUCUUUUACUACUUUGUUUUUCUUUUCUUGUUUCUUUCUUAGAUCAUGCUCUUAGAUCCUAGGCAAUGUGUUACUUGUGCUACCGCUCCCCCAUCCUGCACUUGCUCGGCCGAUCAGAACUGCGUCCAGAUAACCAGAUCUUGCAGCGCCUGCCCAACCUUCACUUGUCAGGCAAAGACCACUGCCAGCUCUAAUGGUGGUGGGGGUGUCAGCUCAGGCGCACUCGCAGGUGCAGUUGUUGCCAUAGUUCUCGUCCUUGUAGGGGCUUUGGUACUUUAUUUCUGGUAUCGCCGCCGUGCCAGUGUUCGCAAGGCACGCGAGCUAGCUCAGGAAGUCAAGGACCAGGUUCCCGCUCCUGCAGAAGCAGUUCUGAAUCGCCCAAAUCCCACUGAAAAACCUCAGCCACCAGCUCCUUCUGAGCCCAAUACCGUCAGGGUGUACAUUUCAUCGUCAGACAGCGUCAUCGAUCUCGAUCCGCAGUCUCGGGGUCAAUCUGCGACCGGCAUUGCCUCUCCCAAUCCCCAUGCUACACCACCUAAUCCCUUCGACGAUGGUAACUCUAUACAGACUACGUCAACGGGCACAAAUGGCACAAAUGUUAUCCCUAUUGCUCUCGUAUCCCCCGGCUCUGCGUCAGCUGACUCUCCUUCACCUUCAUGGCUUUCGGGUUCUGCUGUACCUGCUGCUUCUCCCAUCCGGCCCGCUCGAGCACCCGAUCUGACCCUGAAUGACAAUGCUUCUGCAGUGUCCGACGAAUCUUUGCGUGGUCCAAACCCGCGUUAUACACAGAGUCAGCGCUCAGGAUCGUCGAGGAUGUCAUAUCUGUCAAACGCCAGCUACUCCAGUGAUUUCCUCAAUGAAGCACCCAUGAUUGUCACGCAAAGCCAAAGUGCCGUCAGGCAGGUCUUGGGAGUUGUCAAAGCAGAAGUCAUUCAGACCUCAGGUCCAUCCACGCCCACAUCUCACUUAUCUGCGAACAGCAUUGGUUCUAUAUCUGUCGCUUCCCGUCCCUCAAUUCGGUCUCCCCUUGCAGCCAGUUCUUUUGGCCCUGCUGAUGCCUUGGAUGAGACAGACGAAGAGCAUAAUGCAUCCAUGCGUAGCGAUCCGUUCGGGGAUCAUCACGAAUUUGAGGCGCAUGGCGACGUCUCAAACCAGUCGCGCCCAGUAUCGGAAAUUUCUCUCCAAUCACCUCGUCUCCCGUGGUCCAAAAAAACGGGAGAUAGUCGUCCAUCCAGCAUCAGCACUCAGGCCGGGUCUGUUAUAGAUAUCAGCAGUGCUACACGUGUCAAUGUGGGGCUACUAUGCCCACAGGACGCCCAGAAGACGCCCUACAGGACGACCGUGGGCAGACUGGUUUCACCUGCCUCGGUGCCAUCCUCCCGUCAGCCAUCCUCCCUUGAGGAACAGCAGCAGCUAGCCUUGGCACAUGCGCAUGCACAAGCUCGUGCCCAGGGCUUGGAUCGCAAGCGAGUCUCGGGCUGCUCGGUGGUUUCCGCCACCUCAACGCGGGCAGACUCUAUCCUUGAGUCAUUCCCCUUUGUCCCUCCCUCUCCCAUUUCAUCGCUUCCUAUCCGUUCUCCACCCCGUUCUCCUCUACAUCAACGAUUCUCUGCUCCGUUCUCGCAGCCUCUAGUCUCUGAUGCAGAACCCCUUUCAUUGUCCCCUGCACAGGUGCAGGAUCCAACUCCUUCAGUAGUGCCAGAAUCCGAGGAGACACCACUGCCCCCAUUAGACCCUCCUCCCAGCCGCCAGACCUUGGGGCUGUCUACCGCUUCUCAGGUUUCCACGGCUUCGUCUGGUCUUGGGCCAUUCCCGUUCCAGAUUGAUUCUGGAAGCAAUGAUGGUAGUACACCACCAUCUGCUUUUCAAGGACGUCAAAGAGCCAGCUUGGACACACUCGCACUGAUGAGCGAUUUGUCUUCGUAUCCUCUUAGCUACGACCGGGAUGAAAGAGAAAGCUUUUCUCGACUUACAAAGGGUUGAAGAACCAAUACCAGUGUGCUCACAAUAUCGGUGCCACGCUUCUGGACCGCUUCGACCAGCUGGUCUGACGGGGUUGUCUUAGGGUUGUGUAUGAAUCGUUGUAUUCUGGACAUCUUUGCUAUUCUUGACGUGAGCUUUGUUGCUCUCGAUAUCUCGGAAGGUUUUAUCUAGGUAGUUCUGACCAAUUUACUGCUUCUUUGCUGAAUGAUAUUCUUUCUACCUAGUCGAGGAGUUUUGUUCUUUCGGGCAACUUUCGGGUUAUUUGUUUAUUUAUUCAUCUUUAUGUUUUAGCUGGAAUAUUACUUAGCUAAUCAUGUUUUGUGACAUGUCACGGUACAUAUUGUCACGCGUUUGAACUUGUAC